UUUCAUAUUCGUUUUACGUUUGUCAAGCCUCAUAGCCGGCAGUUCGAACGUAUACGCUCUCUGAGUCAGACCUCGAAAUCGUAGCUCUACACAAUUCUGUGAAUUUUUCUUGUCGCGUGUGAAACACUUCCAAUAAAAACUCAAUAUGCGUGAAUGUAUCUCUAUCCAUGUUGGCCAGGCUGGUGUCCAGAUUGGAAACGCCUGCUGGGAGCUUUACUGCUUGGAGCACGGCAUCCAGCCCGAUGGCCAGAUGCCGUCUGACAAGACCGUGGGCGGAGGUGAUGACUCGUUCAACACCUUCUUCAGCGAGACUGGAGCUGGCAAGCACGUGCCCCGCGCCGUGUUCGUGGAUCUGGAGCCCACUGUGGUCGAUGAGGUCCGUACCGGAACCUACCGUCAGCUGUUCCACCCCGAGCAACUGAUCACCGGUAAGGAGGAUGCGGCCAACAACUACGCUCGUGGCCACUACACCAUCGGCAAGGAGAUCGUCGAUCUGGUUCUGGACAGGAUCCGCAAGCUGGCCGAUCAGUGCACCGGUCUGCAGGGCUUCCUCAUCUUCCACUCGUUCGGUGGAGGUACCGGCUCUGGCUUCACCUCGCUGCUGAUGGAGCGUCUCUCCGUGGACUACGGCAAGAAGUCCAAGCUGGAGUUCGCCAUCUACCCAGCCCCCCAGGUGUCCACUGCCGUGGUCGAGCCCUACAACUCCAUCCUGACCACCCACACCACCCUGGAGCACUCCGACUGCGCCUUCAUGGUCGACAACGAGGCUAUCUACGACAUCUGCCGCCGCAACCUAGACAUUGAGCGCCCCACGUACACCAACCUGAACCGUCUGAUUGGCCAGAUCGUGUCCUCGAUUACCGCCUCUCUGCGAUUCGAUGGUGCCCUUAACGUGGAUCUGACUGAGUUCCAGACCAACUUGGUGCCCUACCCACGUAUUCACUUCCCUCUGGUGACCUACGCCCCCGUCAUCUCUGCCGAGAAGGCCUACCACGAGCAGCUGUCGGUGGCUGAGAUCACCAACGCCUGCUUCGAGCCGGCCAACCAGAUGGUCAAGUGCGAUCCCCGUCACGGCAAGUACAUGGCCUGCUGCAUGCUGUACCGCGGUGAUGUUGUGCCCAAGGACGUCAACGCCGCUAUUGCCACCAUCAAGACCAAGCGCACCAUUCAAUUCGUCGACUGGUGCCCCACUGGCUUCAAGGUUGGCAUCAACUACCAGCCACCCACCGUGGUGCCUGGAGGAGAUUUGGCCAAGGUGCAGCGUGCCGUGUGCAUGUUGUCCAACACCACGGCCAUCGCCGAGGCCUGGGCCCGUCUGGACCACAAGUUCGAUCUGAUGUACGCCAAGCGUGCCUUCGUCCACUGGUACGUCGGUGAGGGUAUGGAGGAGGGAGAGUUCUCCGAGGCCCGUGAGGAUUUGGCUGCCCUCGAGAAGGACUACGAGGAGGUCGGCAUGGACUCCGGUGACGGCGAGGGAGAGGGUGCUGAGGAGUACUAAGCGUCGCGCCACUCCAACGCUCGAUGGGGGCGUCAUUGGUGGGCGGGGAAACCGUCGAAAUCAGUGUUUACGCUUCCAAUCGCAACAAAAAAUUCACUACAACACUGAAUAGCAUACGAAAACGAGAAACCAUAAAGUAUUUUAUCCACAAAGACACGUUUAGCAGAAAAGCCAAGCUAACUCGGCGAUAAGUUGUGUACACAAGAAUAAAAUCGGCCAGAUUCAGUGUUGUCAGCAAAAAGAAAA